AUGAUGCGCAGCGCCCCUCUCCGCGCCCUUCCUCGGGCUGCCGCUCGCACAAAUACCCGAAGUGCCCCUCGCCGAACCUUCCUCCGCGCCCGCAACGCAUCACGCCCCCUUGAACGACUGGACAUUGGUAGCCUAUCCCGCGCUCGCAACGACUACGACCGCGACCGUACCUACUUCCUCGCGGCAGGCGCCCUCGCCGGUGCCAUUGGCAUCGUAUUCACGGGUACAAAGCUCUACAAGGCCAUUCAGGCAGAGAACAACAAGAAGCGCAAGGCGGCCGGCGAGCCCGCGGCUGGAGUCACACAACUCGACGCCCCCACCGUACCCUCGGAGACCUUCACGACCGACGGCGGCGUCAAGCGCAAGGUGGUCGUGCAUGACGAGGACGGCUAUGAGAUUGUGCCCACGGGCAACGGCACUGUGCCCGACUUUCCGCGCCACCUCGAAGUGCCCUCCUCCCACGAUGCGAGCCAGGCCGCUCAGCCCAUCGCCGCGACGGUCCAAGACGACGCCGGCAUCGAAUACACCCUCGUCGGUCUCGGCCUGCGCACUGUCAGCUUCCUCUCGAUCGGCGUCUACAUUGUCGGCUUCUACGUCGCGACAGCCGACAUUGCCAAGCUGCAACACCACCUCGUGAAAAAGGUCAACCCCAUCGCCUCGACCCUGAUCCCGUCGGAGCGCGACACGCUGCGCCAGUCCCUCCUCGACCCGGCCGAGAGCGAGGCGACGUGGACGGCGCUGCUGCAGGACCUCCAGUGCCGCAGUGCCUUCCGCAUCGUGCCCGUCCGCGACACCGACUUCCACCACCUUCGCGACGCCUUUGUCCGCGCCGUGCAGACGCGCUCGAACCCCAGGCCGCAGGAGUUUGGCGACGAGGCCUUUGGCGAGUCUGUGCGCACGCUCAAGGCCAUCUUUAACCGCGGCAAGCUGCCGAAGACGCGAGAGCUGCUGAUGCUACGGGACGACAGGGGCGCGCUGGACGUGCUCUACGACGACGGAAAGGGCAGGCAGCCCGUGGGACGGGUCGAGGACGAGCGCGUGUCGAGACUGCUGUGGUUGAAUUACCUCGCCGGCAAGAAGGUUGCGUCCGAGGUGGCGAGGAAAAACAUCAUUGAGGGCGUCAUGGAGUUUGUGGAGCGGCCGGUCGGUACUGUUGCGACGCAGGUGCUGUAA